GUCAUUCAUUCUUCUUUCGCCUGCUCCUUCAUUAUUAUCCACUCUCCACCCUACUCCAAUUCUCUUCUCGUCCCCUCGUGUUCUUCGUCCCCUUCUGUUUCUCCCUGAAGGUUUGUCAAUUCGUCUCGCCGUGAUUUCCUCCUUUUCCCCCGGUUUCACCUCCGAUUGAUCCUCCCACUUGGCAAAAAUCUCAACGCCGACAUCGCAUCGCAUCACAUCAGCCCACCAUGUCGACCUGGGGUGAUUACUUCCGCGUCACCACUUACGGUGAAUCACACUGCCGCUCUGUCGGCUGCAUUGUCGAUGGCUGCCCACCAGGAAUGGAGCUCACUGAGGAUGACAUCCAGCCUCAGAUGACUCGCAGACGCCCCGGCCAGAGUGCCUUGACGACUCCCCGGAACGAGAAGGACCGUGUUGAGAUCCAGUCGGGAACAGAAUUCGGUGUCACCCUGGGCACUCCCAUCGGCAUGAUGGUGCGCAACGAGGACCAAAGACCCAAGGAUUACGGCGGUAGCACAAUGGACCUGUACCCCCGUCCCAGCCAUGCCGACUUCACCUACCUUGAGAAGUACGGCGUCAAGGCUAGCAGUGGUGGUGGCCGCAGCAGUGCUCGCGAGACGAUCGGCCGUGUCGCUGCUGGCGCCAUUGCCGAGAAAUACCUUCGCCUAUCGCACGGCGUCGAGAUCGUCGCCUUCGUCUCCUCCGUCGGCAACGAACACCUGUUCCCCCCAACCCCCGAGCACCCCAGCCCCUCCACCCAACCCGAGUUUCUGAACUUGAUCAAGACCAUUGACCGCAAGACCGUCGACUCAUUCGUGCCUACUCGGUGUCCGAACGCCGAGGCUGCCGCCCGCAUGACCAAGGUGAUCGAGCAGUUCCGCGACAACCACGACAGCAUCGGCGGCACCGUCACCUGUGUGAUCCGCAACGUGCCCGUCGGCCUGGGCGAGCCCUGCUUCGACAAGCUCGAGGCUAAGAUCGCCCACGCCAUGCUCAGCAUUCCCGCCACCAAGGGCUUCGAGAUCGGCUCUGGGUUCGGCGGCUGUGAAGUUCCCGGCUCGAUCCACAACGACCCCUUCGUCGUCUCCGACGUGGCCUCCCAGCUCGGCCCCAACACUUCGACCAAGCAGCGUCUCACCACCAAGACCAACAACUCCGGCGGCAUCCAGGGCGGCAUCUCCAACGGCGCCGACAUCUACUUCCGCGUUGCCUUCAAGCCCCCUGCCACCAUCGGCCAGGCCCAAACCACUGCCACCUACGCCUUCGAGGAGGGUGUCCUCGAGGCCAAGGGCCGUCACGACCCCUGCGUCACCCCGCGCGCCGUCCCCAUCGUCGAGGCCAUGUCCGCCCUGGUCAUCAUGGACGCCCUCAUGGCUCAGUAUGCCCGCGAAGGCGCCAAGAGCCUUCUGCCCCCUCUGCCCAACACUAUCCCCACUCGCCCUACCCUGAGCGGUUCCAACUAAGGAGCGUUUGCUUCCCUUUCUCUCUCCGCAUCUUUAAGGAAUUUAAUCCGACUAUUUCAUUUUCCCCUCCCCAAAUUUUACCGAGCAAAAAGGAGGGGCUUGAAAAAAGUUGUUUUCUGCAUUGAUCUGAUGUGGUUCCAACACUACAUUGUUUCCUAUAUAAUGCUCUUGUUGUUUAUUUCGAGACACCAUUCAUGAAAGUUAGAGUGCAGCGAUAUCAUGCCAUGUUAGUUUUGAUGAAAUCUGCCCUUCCCUUUUGUUUCUUCUCUCUGGUAGAUCGCCUUCACCUUGUCAAAUUAUACCGCUGACACCACGUGUAUUUCUUCCUCUAGAGGUGGAUUUGUUGUCCCAAUUGCGCACUGCUACCCCUCCCGGUGCAGUAAAAUAUCUAUUUUCAACGAUGUUCAUCAUCUUCAAUUCUGG